GCGUUGCGCAAAUCAAGUGUUCUCCGUAAACAUCAUGCCACUGGACAACUCUCUUGGCACCAUGGCCGCAUCGGUGGCAUCUCUUGUUUCUUUUGGAUUGGAAGGCGACGAUCAAGGGUGGGAUGUCGAGAUGUUUAAGCGAGUGAUGGAGCUCUUGGUGGACAGGGAUGGAGCCGUGGAAUGGGCGACUGUUUGUAGCAAAGUGUUUGGCGGUGACGAGGGAGCUUGCAAGGCUCAGCUCAAGGCCAUGGCAGCAAACGGCGUCAUCCAUAUCAAGUGCGUGCCUAGUGAAUCGAUUAAGAUGGUGGAGCCGAUUUCUCCUCCCCAUCUCCAGGCAAUGAGAGACGAGCUGGAGCACUCCGGCUACGACAGUGACGACGACGAUUAAGCCUGUUUUGAUGUUCGGG